UCAAAUACACUCCCACACCUCAUACAUACACACAGAAAUGGAGACCGUGAACAGAGGAAAGAUCAUUCUCGGUCUGGAACUCAAUCUGAUUCUGUUUUAUGUCGGGGUCGCGGACGACUGCACCGUCUCAGUGUCUCAACCACCUGAACUUGAAGUGGACUACACGCAAAAGGUCGUAACCUUGCCCUGCUCCUUCUCCACGGUGGGGUGCCCUGCAGAGCAACCAAAAUGCCUGUGGUUUCGCUACGGGACUCACAAGUCUGAGAACCUGUUCUCGAAUGGAUGCAGAAGUAAGACAGACAAAUACACACUUGAGAAUCCGGCACAAAACCAGGUUUCCCUCACUGUGAACAGGCUGACUUUCAAUGACAGUGCAAUCUACGUCUGUGGAAUAGCCUUUCCCAACUCAAAGCAACCGAGAGCUAAGCAAACGGGAGGAGGGACUGUGCUUGUGGUAAGAGAGAUGAAGCUUCUCAGCAAGGAACUGCAGUCUGCCCUGAUAGCCCUCUUAGUCCUGUUCUCUAUCUACAUCACCAGUGUGCUCGUGAUCCUCAUCGUCCUCACCAAAGCAAAAUCUAACACUCAAAGAAAGAAAGAAACAGAAGAAUCACAAAAGAAAAAGAGUGCUCGGCGUAUUUUUCAGGAAAUUGCUCAAGAGCUAUAUAACAAGAGACAUGUGCAAACAAGCCAACAAACUGAAAAAGACAACACUUAUGAAAACAGAGCAGCGCUUUCUAACUAUGAAAGACCAUAGAAGUCUUCUGACUUUCAAUGAAGUCACUGAAAAUCCCACUCCAGACAUUAUGAAAGUAUUAGUAGAUAUACACCCAUCAGGUUUUUUUUAGAAAACAAUUUAAGGUAAAUGGAAAAGUCAACUAGCUACAAGAAGGAUGCCAGAGAAUAUAAGGAAACUAUUACUAAUGGAAAUUACCAAAAUACUAAAACCCAACAAAAUGCAACUGAAAAAUACUUUCCUAAUUUGCUAGGUAGGAGAAUUCUAAGCAGUCAAGCAUCUUCAAAAAUUUCCAGUUAAAGCAUAUGUCCUCCUGUAUUUGCUCCAUUCGACAUAACCACACGAUGACUGAUACCCUGAAGAUGAUCUGAAGUCACACCAAGUGCCUCAGUCUUGCCUGGAAGAACUGUCUUUAUGGUUUCUAGAUGUGGUGGGCUAACUAGACAAAGUUGGCAGGGAAAGAGGAACGGAGAGAGGAAGGAAUGUGUCAAAAUCUGAGUUAGAGAAAAAUCAUCUUGAACAGUAUUUUGCUGCAAGUAUUAUUUCCUCUAGUGUUGCAAUGGGCCAGUGGUAUAAUACACAUUUUCCUGCCAGGGUAUGCAAAAUAACUUACAUCAUGCUACCAACAAAAAGUGAGAGCACAAUAGAAUACAGUAACAUUUUAGUUAGUAUAACAUGUUAGUUAUUUUAACAAAAAAUCCAAAGCAGAAGGUUCAGCCAGAGAAAACCUCAGAAUAAAUAAGCUACAAUGGACUCUAGGUGUCAGUCUUGCGCCAAAUAACAGCACCAGGGAAGGCUUUGGCAAAGCACUGGAACUGAGCAAGCCUUUGUGAUAUUUUUUUUUCUCUUUUAGUAAGUCAUUGUAUUACACACACACAUACACACAAAAAUAUAGCUAUGUACACACACAUUUAUACAAACCUACACUUUAUACAUAGUUGGGAUCAUACAGAGUAUACAGUUUUGUAUUAUGCAUUGCACUGUGAUUUUUAACCAACUAAGGAGGGAAAUGUAGGACAAGGGGCAGUGUAUAGCAAGGAGGCUUAUGGUACUUACUACCAUCUCACUAAGAAAACAUGUUAUAGAAUUGCUCUCUGAAAGUUACUUCUGUGUAACAAAAAAAUCUAUUUAAAGUACCUGCAAGUAUAUAUCUGCUAUUAAACCUGAAUUACAACCUAUUAUGUUUAUUUAAAGUGUUCCUCUUAAACUGGUAUAAAAUGAGACGGAUUAUUUUUAAACCCCAGAUUAAAUUUUCAAAUAUUUUAA